AUGGAGUAUUUUAGAAAAGUGCAGACCACUGAGCUGGACGGAAUGCCGUGGAAUGAAAAACAGGAGGUGGCAGAAAAAGUGGUUGGAAUCGUAAAGGAUGCUGUAAAUGAGAUAAUACAUGUAAAUAGCCAGGCAAAGAAGCUGGAGCUCUUUAUACGAUAUUUAUCAGUUGAGUCACUUUCGGAUCUAGUAGAAAAGGUGAAGAUUACAGACGUACACAACAAAAAUAUAACAUAUGUGCUUGAGGCAAUACUGAAGAAAAUAGAACAGCAGAAAGUACUGACACCCCCGUAUAAAGUGCUUAUAGAAACUGUCAAUGCAAGAAUACAGAAGAAUAUAAUGAAGUCUCUUAAGAGCAAAGGCACAAAUCACAUGAUUAGAGUUCUGCUGAAAGUGGGUCAUGACACAGAAGGUCUUCUAGAGGCUAUAAAGAAUGUGCCAAUUGACUACAUUUUGGAAGAUUCUACGCGAACAGCCACCUUUGCAGAGUAUAUGUCGUGCGUAAGUGAAGAGGAGAGAGAAAGAGUGGUUAAGUACUUAAUUAAAGUCUUAACAGUUGACCGUCUUAAGGGGUAUACUUCUUUCUUAUAUGAAAAAGUAUGCCGGGCAGCAAGUCCUGCACAACUGGAUGAAAUAUUCCAGAUUAUUAAGCCAGAUGUGCUUGAACUGUGCCAGAAUGAGGUAGGAAACUACUUCAUGCAGGUAUUUAUCUCUGUCUAUAAUCCGCGCAAGAUAUACCCUCUUCUUGAGAAGCAUGUUCAUACUUUCCAGAUUAACAGUAAUGUUAUGCACUCUCUGCUCAGCCAGGCAGCACGCCAUGAGUGUGCAGGCAUCUUGGAGAGCAUUAUGGAGCGACUUUUUACCAUAGACACUGUUAUGCACACUCUUCUGUUCCAUUCAAUGGGCGGAUUUGACUCCAAAGGGUACAAGCUAGCACUGAAGCUUAUGGGCGCAAAGACAAAGUACCAGGAAGCACUUCAGAUGCAGUGCGUUGCUCUUUAUGAAAGAUACUGGCUAUUCAACAAAGUAGGACAGGAGGUGCUUAUAUCCCUGCUUAGGUGCAAAAAUCUAUCUAGAGAGGUUGUCGCAUUGCUCACUAGCACAAUGACCAAGGAGUUCAUAGGAAUACAUGAGAGCAAAGGAGGAGAUGCCCUUUUGGAUGCAAUUGAGUCUGUUGCAGAUAGAGAGACAUGCAAUAAGAUCCAAAUAGUGCGAAAAAGAGACAGAACAUCAGUGCACACUGGUUCUCGUAGAAUGCACGCGUCUGAAAGGAGCAACCAGUAA